AUGAAAUUUGCAAGGAUGAAGACCUCCAAAAGGAUUGCCAAGCAGUCUGCAGAGCUGAAUAUAACCGCUGUCGGUUGCUUUGUGAGACAGAGUAUUGUCUCUCGAUCUGCCAACGAGAAUAUGAAACUUGUUUUGCAAAUUGCCCAUGCGGAGAAAAUUGCCCAAAUUGAAAGAUUGACCGAGGAUGGUUGGUACGAUAACUGGGAUAACGAUCACCUGGAAGGAGGAGAAGCCCAUUCAUUUAUCUCUCUUCCGUCAGGAAAAAUGCUCAUGCUUGGAGGCUACGUGCGGGAUACAUGGCCAGGGCCAGAGAGAUACCAGGAUAAAAUUUGGGAGUUCGAUCUUGAUGAAAAAUGGUCGUUCAUGGAGGAUCAGCAAUGA